CUUUGGUAAGCAUUAAGUGUUUCUGUUUAUGCCGAACUGACAAGGAGAGCUUCCUUACUCUUAAAUUAAUUCAACAUUGCGCUAUUCCUUACUCAAUUCCACCACAAACACCGUUACCUACCCCAUACUUCAGUGAUCUUAAAAAAAUGGUACUACCUAUUCCUUUGAUUCGACUCCAAUGUGGAGUGAACUCCUACGAUUGGGGAAAGAUUGGAUCAGAUUCCGCCGCAGCCAAAUUUGCCGCAGCAACACCUUCCGAUACUCUGAGCAUCCAAUCAGAUAAGCCGUAUGCCGAGUUAUGGAUGGGCACUCAUCCUUCAAAUCCCUCUAAAGACCUCGAGACCGGCCGAACGCUGCUUGACCUAGUCGAAGCCAACCAAGCUCUUCUAGCCCCCUCGGUGAAGGCCAGAUAUGGCAACAAGCUACCUUUUCUCUUCAAGGUACUCUCUAUAAACAAGGCUCUUUCCAUACAAGCACAUCCGAACAAGAAGCUCGCCGAACAACUACAUGCCAGAGAUCCUAAGAACUACCCCGAUGAUAACCAUAAACCCGAGAUGGCUAUUGCCAUCACUGAAUUCGAAGGCCUAUGCGGAUUUCGUCCGCUCUCAGAAAUCGCUCAUUUCCUAUCCUCCGUAUCUGCUCUUCGACAAUUGGUUGGUGAAGAUGCCGCUAAGUCUUUUAUUGCUACUGUUCGAGGCCAAGAAAGUGAUGCUUCCUCCGAAUCUACAACCCAAAACAAAAGAGCCCUUCAAUCCGCUUUUGCUGCUCUCAUGAAGUCCUCACAAGAAGAUGUAGCGACAGCAGCUAAAGCGCUCGUCUCAGAAGCUGAAAGCAAAGGAAGUGAAUUUGCAGAUGGUGGAAUUGAAUCUACGAGUGGAGAGGUCAUGUCCGAAUUGGUGACUCGACUAAACAAGCAAUUUCCCGACGACGUUGGUUUGUUCGUUUUAUUCUUCCUCAAUUACGUGCAGCUUUCGCCUGGCGAAGCCCUCUUCUUGAAGGCGGAUGAUAUUCAUGCUUAUGUGUCGGGAGAUAUCAUUGAGUGCAUGGCUGCCAGCGACAAUGUCGUACGAGCUGGUUUCACACCAAAGUUCAAGGAUGUGCAAACAUUAGUUGAUCUACUGACAUACAAUUAUGCCCCAAUUGAGGAACAGAAGAUGUCACCCACCGAAUACCCUUAUGUAGUGCUAAACCGCACUGCAUAUAGCUCUGGCUCAGAAGCAACACUAUAUGACCCUCCCAUCGAUGAGUUUAGCGUCAUCAGAACGGUUCUUAACGGUGAUGGAUCUAAGGCCACCUUUGAUCCUAUUGACGGACCGAGUAUUGUUAUCUGCACUGGAGGCAAGGGCAAGAUAACAGUGGGAGCUAAGACCGAGGAGAUAAAGGAAGGUUAUGUCUACUUUGUUGGUGCUACUGCAGAGUUGAUCCUCGAGUCUCAAGGUGGCCAAGAUGAUUCCUUCACAACCUUCAAGGCAUUCUGCGAAGUGGAGGAUCAUAGCAAUGGGGCCCAGCUAUAAUUUCUGCCUGCCCAAGUCAGUAUUGACUGAAGAUGGGAUGGCAUAUGGGAACACCAUAAUCCAUAAUAUUGAUGUAUGAAACAACCAUGAGACAGUUCUCAUAAGGAUUAAAGAAUGGAUUAUGUUGUGGACAGGCUUCGUACAUCACCAUUCAUCUCAUGCUUGAUUUUAGAGAUAUCCAAAAAAGCAAUUAAUUAUGGAGUUAUUCUAAACGAAAUUCUUUGAGAUGAUUCUUUUUUACCGUAGGUGUGGUCAAGCGUUUCUAUCAUCUAGUAUUGA